CCAAAAUUUGCAUACUUUCAUAUGUAUAUACAUGUGUGCAAAUAGGUUGUUACCUCAUUCAUAACUGAUAAUGACAUCUGAUGUACAGAUAUAUGCACAUACAUAUAUGUCUAUAUAUUAUAUGAAUAUACGAAUAUACAAACCAUCUUUUUCACUCCUGACACUUAGUGCUUUCGAAAAUGCUCAAUACGUAUGCUCAGUUAUCAACCAGUUGCGUUAUCAUUUACGUGCAAAUGGGUUUGGAUGUGUGAAUUUGUUAGGCUGAUUUGCCUCUGUUGAACUGAUUAAAAUAUACGUUGCUUUAAGUUGAAACUUUUUGAGUACCGCAACUACAAGAUAACGUGAUACGGGGGGUGAUACCUGUAUUGAAUUUCGUGUGAAGCUUUGACCAUUACGACGCAGAUGAGUUUUCGCCUCAGUCUUUCAAGCACCGCUGACUAGCGAAGUUCAUUUAGAUUUCAGCAAUUGAAUUCAAUUGUGAUAUACUUGUACAAGUAAAGCAAACAACAAACGACUAUUUAUACCUGUACCAAUUAGAUGUCUAUUAUAAAGGGAAGAGCCAAAUUUUAAUACACAGCAGUUUAUAUUUUGAAACCAAAGGAACCAAAGUUAUCAAACAACGAUCUAAGCUCCAUAAAAAAUGUAAUAGGUUUUAAUAUAUGAUAUAUUUUCUAGUUGGAGGGAAAAUAAUGUUGUAUAGGAAUUUGCUGAAGUCAAGUAAAAUCUCAACCAAUUAAAUUUAUUUUCCGCUAAGGAUACUUAAAUUAGAUAUACAUAUUGUUGCAAAGUGUUUAUUACAAUUUAAGAACAACCAAACAAUGUAAUCAAAUCUGUUUCUAUUUUAGUAGCAUGAAAAUAAUUUGUAAUCUUAUCAGGUAUUCAAAUUACGUAUUUAACUUCAACUAGCAAUCAUUUGAAUGUUAAUGGUGUACUUGUGAUCAUGUCUCAACAUUGAGGAUUUAAUUAUUGGCGUUGUCUAUUCUGAUAUCAUAUUUCUUUGUCUCUUUACUUUUCUCUUUAAGGAAAACUUCUUGUUGUAUAUGUAUAUGUAUGUAUGUACGUAUGUAAAUAUAUGCAUAUGUUUGUAUGUUUGUUCAAAAACAAUAACUCAUUAAUUUAUUGCUAUUUUCAUAAACGUAUAUAUGUACAUAUGUACCAUAUAUAAGACAAAAUAGAAAUUGUCAUAAAUUUACUUUAUAUUUAUAGAUUUUCUUCAAUUACUAAUUUAAAUUGUUCGAUUAAAGUACGAUAUUACACUCACAAACUACUGCUUUCGCAGGUAAUUUUCGUUACGUUUGGCAUGUUAUAGAUUAUUAUUUAUUAAAUGACAUACAUAUAUAGUCCAUAGAGAUGUACGAGUAUGUUUAUGUUAUGGGGGCCUAUUGAGAUAUUGAAUAAAAUUUUAAGAUUAUUAAAUUUGAUAAUUUGUGCUAUCUACACAUACAUACGCAUGUAUGUAUGAUAUCUCAGACCUGAAAAAUAUUUAAUAAGCUUCGUAUCUGUGUAUAUAUGUAAUUGCAACUGUAUGAUCUAAUCUGAAAACCUCCUCAAUAUUGUCUAUCGCUACAGUUUAAUCAUUUAUUCUGCAUCAAAGCAUGUCCAUAUAGAUAAAUAUGUCGGGUUUUCCAAUAGGGAUGAUAUGAAUUCUAAGUGUCGUUUUUUUUUAAAUAUAUCAUGACUGUAAUUUUUUUUCAUUGUAUUCAGUAAUGUUUAUAAUUUCAUCAUAGAAAGAUAUACGAAAGAACAACGUUUAUAAAUGAUUCACUUUUAUUAUCAAAAUAAUCGUUCUCCAAUUGCAACUUUUCGAACUUUUCAUGCGCUCUCAUCUUCUCCGAUGAGCCUCACUUUCAUCUGAGUGGUGGGGUAAAUAAACAAAACUGUGGAUUCUGGCGCGAAGAAAAUCCACAAACUAUUCAUGAACAACCAUUAUAAUCACCUAAAUUGACAGUUUGGUGUGGUUUUUGGUCUGGUGGAAUCAUCGGUCCGUACUUCUUUCGAAAUUAAGCUAGUGACACCGUUAAUGUCAAUGGGGAGCGGUAUAGAUCGAUGAUAACCAAGUUUUAUGGCCCCAAUUGGAAGAAGUUUAUCUUGACAACAUCUGGUUACAACAAGACGGGGCUACGUGCCACACAGCACGUGCAACAAUCGAAUUGAAACGAAAAAACUUUGGAGAUUCGAUAAUUUCAAGAAAUUAUGACAUGGAAUGGCCUCCAAGAAGUCCUGAUUUAACACUAUUAGACUACUUAUUGAAGGAUUAUUUGAAGUCAUUGGUCUUUAGCAAUAAACCAGACUCUCUUCAAGCUUUAGAAGUCAAUACUGAACAUGCUAUUUAUGACUUACGACUUGAUUUAGUGGAAAAAGCAUUCGAAAAUUGGGUUCAUCAAAUUCGUUCCUGCAAAAUAAGUCGUGAAAGCCAUUUAAAUGAUGUUACAUUCGGAACUUAAUUGUAUUGAUUGUGCUUCACAUUAAAUCAAAAACAUAUGAAUUUCCUUAGAAAUUUUUUGAAAAAAAUCAUAUCACUCUUAUUGGAAAACCCUUUAUGUAUUUAUAUAUUUUUGCAAGUCGCAUUUAUUACAUAAUGAAAAUAUUCAUAAAUGAAUCACAAAGACCGUUACAAUCAUUGAGUAUUUUUUACAAUUAUGAAGUUGUAAACAAACAAAUGUUGAUUGUAAUUCAACCGAUUAGAUUAAUUAAAUGUUAAUCGUUAGUUGUGAAAUGUAUAGUUUGCAGAAAAUGUCCGUACCGAAAAUUGAGGAUCUGAAGAGUGUUGUACAGCCAUAUUUAGCUGGCGGAGAGUUGCAGUCGUAUAGCACUCGUUACCUCACCAAGCCAGGCGACAACUAUGGCAGCUGCAUGCUGGCUAUAGCUGCCAAAAUUAAAACUCUAAAUGGGCUCAUCGAAGAACUACCAUUAAUUGCGAAAUUGCCCCCUGUGACGAACGAUUUAUACUGGCAAAUAUUUCAACCGGAACGCACUUGCAUUACCGAGAACAAAAUGUAUGAGAUUGUGGUACCAGAAAUACAGCUAUUGCAACUUGAAGCUGGCUUAUCGAAGGAUAAACUAUUUGAUGCGCUUCCUGGUUACUAUGGAAGUCGGAUAUCACUUGAUCCAAAUGCUACCAAAGUUGACAGAAAUGCUGUUCUAGUGCAGGAAAAUCUCCAGGCGUCUGGCUACAGAGCUGGCAAUCGUCACAAAAUGUUCGAUUUCGUUCAUGCGAAACUCGUCUUGGAAUAUAUGGCGCAGUAUCAUGCGCUACCUAUUGCUUUGCGCAUUAAAAAGUCAGAGUUAUUUGCAAGAACCUUACGCCCAUAUUUCAAUCGCUUCAAUAUGAAUACCACAAUGGGCGAUGAAGUGAAAAACGAAAUGCGCAGAGAAGUACAUGAAGAUCUACAGUUGGCCACUAACAACAAUGAAGAAGCGGUCAAUGAAAUUCUAGAGAGGAUUCAAAUGUACGAUGAAUGGUUGGAGCAACCAGAAGCUGCCGAUGGAUUAUACACCAGCUUGGUACACUGCGAUAUGUGGAUAAACAAUAUCAUGUUUAAAUAUGACGAUAGAGAUCAACCCACGAAGUUAAAAUUUGUAGACUUCCAAAUAGCACAAUAUGAGUCCUUCGUGCACGAUAUUAUAUUUUUCCUCUUCUCUAGCGUCGAUUGCACCGUGCUUGAAGAUAAUUUCGAAAGUUUUUUGCAAAUUUAUUAUGACGCUUUUAUACAUAACCUGCAAGAAGUUCAAAUCAAUACAGAUGAUUACUCCUAUGAUGGAUUCUUGAAUGAAGUGCGACGCGUGGGACCAAUUGAAAUUCCACAUCCGAUAUUUAUGACAAAAGUAAUUUUAGCCGACAGCAGCACACUUCCGGAAGAUUUCAAGGACUUAGAUAUGACUACUUUAAGUAAAAAUCGUGGACUGAAAACGGUUACUAAACGAUUGGAAGAUAUUUUGCGGUUGGCGAAAAAAUUUAAAUUAGUUUAACGCUAUGUACAUUAGCUGUGUUAUCUUUGUAAAGCUUUAUUUACUCUGUCUAUGCUUUAAUAUUGCAGAAAUAUAAGAAAUAAGUACAUAGUACUUGAAGCAAUAAUUUAAA